AUGGCCAUCAAGCCACUCCACCUCGCCGUCGCUCUCCUCCUCCUCUCCACCGCCCAUCACCUCCGCGCUGCAUUGCCGGAAAAUCCAGCACCACCACCGCCGGUGAUCAGCUCCGACUCAAUCCUCAUCGCCCUCUUAGACUCUCACUACACCCAACUCUCCGAGCUACUAGAGAAAGCCCUUCUCCUCCAAACACUCGAAAACGCAAUCGCAAACGGCACCAUCAUCGUUUUCGCACCGACAAACAAAGCCCUAGAGCGCGAUCUCGACCCGGAAUUCAACCGUUUCCUCCUCGAACCAGGCAACAUCAAGUCACUCCAGACUCUGCUCCUCCACCACAUCCUCCCCGCCAAGCUCAGUCGAGGCGGCUGGCCCACCGAUCCCACUCGCUCGACACCAACUCGCCGCCGCGCUCUCUCUCACGAUUACCUCGAAUUCACCUACGGCGGCAAUGGUGAGCCGUACGUCGGCGCCGCGAAGGUCGUACAGUUCAACUCUAUAGUACGACACGACGGAAUCAUCCACGGCGUCGAAAAAGUAAUCGUCCCCAAAUCCGUGGAACGCGACUUCAAUAAUAAUAACGGCCGAAAUCCGAGAUCGGUCGCCGCCGCAGUUGAACCCGAAGGUGCACCGGAAAUCAACCCUAGAACGAACAAACUUUCUAAGCGAAAUGCGAUUUCGGCUCCCGGCGGUGGAGCUAAUACAAUCUACAAAGCGACGGCGGCGCCCGAACAUUCUCCGUCUCCGGCGCCCGGCGGACCUCACCACCAUCUCGACGGCGAGAAACAGGUCAAUAAUUUCAUCCAGACGCUCACCUUCUACGGCGGUUACAAUGAAAUGGCCGAAAUUUUGGUCAAUUUAACCAAUCUGGCGGCGGAAUUGGGUAACCUAAUCAACGAGGGUUACGCUUUCACUGUUCUAGCUCCGAGCGACGAAGCCAUGGCGAAGCUGACGACGGAUCAAUUGAGCGAUUCCGGCGCGCCGGAGCGAAUCGUGUACUAUCACAUCGUACCGGAGUACCAAACCGAAGAGAGCAUGUACAACGCGGUGAGGAGAUUCAAAACGGUGUCGUACGACACACUGCGUUUGCCGCAUAAGAUAGUGGCGAAGGACGCUGACGGGUCGGUUCGAUUUGGUACGGGUGCGGAUUCGGGUUACUUGUUCGACCCGGAUAUUUAUACAGACGGGAGGAUCUCGGUGCAGGGGAUCGACGGUGUGCUCUUUCCGCCGGAGGAGUCCGAUCAUCAUCAGAAUGCAAAGAGAGGUAUUGCUGUUUAAUUAUAUAAGUACUGUUAGUUAUGAUACUGUCGAUGCUCAAUAUUUUUCCUCCGGCGGCGGUGGUG